ACAAAUGCUCAGGAGCCAGGUACUAGACAGGGGGCAUACUGAAGGAUACUGUCACCUGAAGCAGAAGGGCUGUCAGAUCUUUCUCUUCUGCACUUAAAUCAUUGUAAUGUGAUGUCUCUCAUGUUGGGAGAUUCAUCCUUUGCAUUUUGGAACUGAGCCUUCCUGGCAUUGCAAGAGUUUUCUGCUGUCUUAGUACGCUAAGAAGCCGGAGAGGGACCCAGCAGCCUGGAUUCAUUCUCUGUCUUGGAAAAGUAUAUGACUGCUUUGAAAAAUUGUGAAGUCACUGCUGGCCACAUUGUGGGAUUGUACUGAAUAGUUAAAAUUUCUAAAUUUUUAGAUUUAAAUGCUGGAAAGCUUGGAGACAGUCUAUUCAGAGGCUUUUGAUUUCUGGGGCUGACCAGGGCAUAAAAUGACAUGAGAGCUUCUCAACAGGAUUCCAGAUUCUUGAAAGACUCUUCAAAGUACCUACAAUGUUCAGAACAGGGAUGCAGGGAUCUCCUGGAGAAUCUGAAGUUCUGGCUUAACCCUUGAAACUUUGAAAGUAAUGGCUAAAAAGGAAAGAUGAACAGCUAAAGCCUCUGGAAAUGAUUAAUAUUUGCCACCACAAUUGGCUACUCUGGCUUUUUCCAUCAAAAUUUGGUAUCUUCAUGUCCAGCAUCUACUACAGGUCAGAUGGAGCUUAGGAAGACAAGGGAGCCUAGUAAUAAACGAGUCAAACCCCUUUCCAGAGUCACAUCACUAGCAAAUCUCAUCCCGCCAGUGAAGGCCACACCGUUAAAGCGUUUCAGCCAAACCCUGCAGCGCUCCAUUAGCUUCCGCAGCGAGAGCCGCCCUGACAUCCUUGGCCCCCGACCCUGGUCCAGAAAUGCCGCCCCCUCGAGCACGAAGCGGAGAGACAGCAAGCUCUGGAGUGAGACCUUCGACGUGUGUGUCAAUCAGAUGCUUACAUCCAAGGAAAUCAAACGUCAGGAGGCAAUUUUUGAGCUUUCCCAAGGCGAAGAAGACUUGAUAGAGGACUUGAAAUUAGCAAAAAAGGCCUAUCAUGACCCCAUGCUAAAACUCUCCAUAAUGACAGAACAGGAAUUGAAUCAAAUUUUUGGAACACUGGAUUCCUUGAUUCCUCUUCACGAAGAGCUCCUUAGUCAGCUUCGAGAUGUUCGGAAGCCUGAUGGCUCGACUGAACAUGUUGGUCCCAUCCUCGUGGGCUGGCUGCCCUGUCUCAGCUCCUAUGACAGCUACUGCAGUAAUCAAGUAGCCGCCAAAGCUCUGCUGGACCACAAAAAACAGGAUCACCGAGUCCAAGAUUUCCUACAGCGAUGUUUAGAAUCCCCCUUUAGCCGCAAACUAGAUCUCUGGAAUUUCCUUGAUAUUCCAAGAAGCCGUCUGGUGAAAUACCCUCUGCUUCUUCGAGAAAUCUUGAGACACACACCAAAUGAUAAUCCAGAUCAGCAGCACUUGGAAGAAGCUAUAAACAUCAUUCAGGGAAUUGUGGCAGAAAUCAACACCAAGACUGGGGAAUCUGAAUGCCGCUAUUAUAAAGAGCGCCUUCUUUACUUGGAAGAAGGCCAGAAAGACUCCCUGAUAGACAAUUCACGUGUCUUGUGUUGUCAUGGCGAACUGAAGAAUAAUCGAGGCGUGAAACUGCAUGUUUUCCUGUUCCAAGAGGUGCUUGUGAUCACUCGAGCCAUCACCCACAAUGAGCAGCUCUGCUACCAAUUAUACCGUCAACCAAUUCCUGUGAAGGACCUCCUGCUGGAAGACCUGCAGGAUGGAGAAGUGAGACUUGGUGGCUCCCUGCGUGGGGCAUUCAGCAACAAUGAGAGAAUUAAAAACUUCUUCAGAGUAAGUUUCAAGAAUGGAUCCCAAAGUCAGACGCACUCACUACAAGCCAAUGACACCUUCAACAAACAGCAGUGGCUCAACUGUAUUCGUCAAGCCAAAGAAACAGUUCUGUGUGCUGCUGGGCAGGCUGGGGUGAUUGACACCGAGGGAUCUUUCCUAAGUCCCACUACUGGGAGCAGAGAGCCACAGGGAGAAACAAAACUUGAGCAGAUGGACCAAUCGGACAGUGAGUCAGACUGUAGUAUGGACACGAGUGAGGUCAGCCUCGACUGUGAGCGCAUGGAACAGACAGACUCUUCCUGUGGGAACAGCAGGCACGUUGAAAGCAACGUCUGACAGAAGCAUGUGCACUUCCUGGAAGUAGCCCUGUGUCUUACCUGUACAGUAUUUGCAUUCCACACAUGGAACAGUUUGGAGAAGCACUUUUUAAUACUUUUGUGACUAUGUUGGCCCAGUCUCUUGUAUCUGUACCUUUGUCCCUAGUACUGUAACUGCCAGUGUGUCUGUGUAAGCUGGAAUCUGUGGCAACCGUUACCCUGUAUUGUAUUCACAAGAGUCUGGAUGGAUGGAGAGGUACUUGAACAAGUUACUUUCAAUUGUCCUGCUGGAUUUUUAAAAAUAGUUCAAACAAACAAACAAACCUGCUGUUUUGCAUAGAUUGCUUGAAGAGUCCUUCUUCCUGUGCUUCUCUAGUGCUUUUCCAGCUCUUUGAUGUGGUAGCUGAUGGCAUGGAACUUAGAAAGCCUUGCAAACAGGGUAAGAGGAAGUCACUAGUGUAUCAGGAUGGCAUUGGAGAGAGAAUCAGGGAAAGUCAAUCCUUGAAGUGAUCUUGUUUUCACAUUAUUCAACCAGAAAGCAUGAAAACAUCCCUGGAGAUUCUGAAAGCUUAAUUUUGCAAAGGAAGAAACAUUGUCUGAAUCUUGCAAUUUCAUUCAGUGCUAAUUUGAUGCAAGAAUCUAUUAGGACAUGAAAUGAAAGUUGACCUUAAAAGGGCUAGGACAAAAGCAGCUGCUAGCUCUGAAUCUUUAACUGAACUGUGUGUGGUACCAGGAGGUAUCUCUCAUAGUUGGUGGCUAACCUAAAACAUCAGAACAGAACCCAAAGGGCCUGGGAAAACCUGCCAGGAUAAUGAGAAGGUCCUGUCUUUAUUGUGUUUUAUCUACCUAGGCCUACUCUUAUUUUAGAGUGAAUGAAGUGACAAAGAAAAGAGGCUAUGACUGUCAGUGACUCUGGUUAUAGAAACAUAUGAGAGGAAGAAUUUGGAAUGAGAAGCACUUCAUCAGAACGUUCUGUGGGAACCAUUAAAAGAGAAAAGCAUGGUCCAGUGCCUUCUGAAAAAGGCCAGAGCCUUGGGUUUUCCUGUCUGCUUUUGGGUUGUCAAUCUGCCGUCUCUGGUUCUGUGCUAUAAUCAGAAUUGUAAUUCCAUUCUCCAGAGGCCCAUUUCAUUAAUUCUGAUUCAUGAGGAACAGUUAGCCAAACUAGUAUCCUCUUGUCCAGGCUUGAUUCACAGUUCAGGGUAAAGUGCAGACCCUAAAAAAUACUUACCUAAGUUCCCAGAAAAGCUUCCUGUGAGUGUAAAUAUUAAGGAUUACCUGUGCAAAAUUAUACCCACACCAGCACUAGUAAUAAUGAUUCUAAAUUAUUGCCAAAAAGGUUUUUUUUUAAUCUUCUGUGUCUUUCAAGUUUACAGAAAAAAAGCAGUAAAUACAAUGUCAUUUUAUUAUGUACAUAUAUCAUGUGCAUUCAAAGAAGCUGUGUGACAAGAUAUAUCAAUAUAAAAACAAGGUAUAUUACUUUAUUAUUUUUCAAAAACAAAAAAUAUGGUGGUCAACUUUACCCUGUAAAACUUAUUUCUGUAUUUAUAGAUUUUAAACAUGGUGAAUUUUUUCUAUUACAAGUUUAUUUAAAACUGCUUUAUUUCUCAAAUUGUUGUCGAUUUAGCAAGUGAGUGAACCUACUGCAGACAGAAGCAGAGGAAAGCCAAGAAAAGCCAUCUGAUGGUGAAGAAAAGAAUGAAACAUUCUUUGCAGAAGCCAUCAGCCACUUUGGCUAAUGUGUUGAGAAAAAAGGUUUGUCACGUAUUAGCCUAUGGAAAGAAAGUCAGUGUUUUGAUGAAAUGAAUGUUUUUGUAUAAUGGCCUUAAACUUUUCUGGAAGCAUUUCAAAUAAAUUGCAUUAAAAUGUCGUC